UGAAUGUGUUUACUUUUGUGACAUGGUGAGCUCUCCUAUAGAGGGAGGCGGAAUCAGAUUAGAACAGCACCCUAAAUCAAUUGGGUCGAUAAACUGGUAUUUACGGUAGACUAACGCAAUGACCUCUGCCACCCGGAAGUAAACAAUGACAUGUUAACGGCUAGCGAGCUGAACACAAGAUAAACAAUAUCGCCGAAGAUUUUCACAGAAAUAUAGGUAGUGCUUUUUGAUGACAUGGUAAUUUUACUCUACAAACCAUUAAUCAAAUACACUUAAUGUGUAAGCUUUGAGUGAAAUAACGUUAAGCGAUAAUGUCGAAUUCUGUACCUUUUCACUCUCAGCUCGCCUCCAUCAUGGAGGUAUUGGCUAACGCGGCAGUGGCAGAAAUCUGCCAACUUGUAGACGAUGGCUAUGCCGUGUUGCGCCUUGAAAUAUCGAGAACUCAGAGCGAAAACCAGGCUUUGAAGAACAAACUACACCUGGUGGAGGUUCGUUCUAGGGAACGAUCUGUCAAAAGAAGCAUCGUACCCCCAUUGUCGAUCUGUUUUGGUGCGCAAGGAACAGAUCAAGUCGAAAAGAAGAAGCAGUCCCCCAGUGUAAGGAGAAAUGGAGGAUCCGUGGUGUUGUGGGACAGGAGCACUAGGACUGUCAGUGAAGAGAAAAUGGACACAACUGAGCAUCCUGAGGUAGUGGUUGUAAAAGAGGAGAAAUUGGAAGAGGAGCUGAGAGACUGUGGCUCAAAGCACAACCAGCAACCCAGGAGACUGAUUAGUGUGUCUCAGUCUCUUGUUGCUGUGAACGAUCAAAUCCUGAAUGCAGAAACUUCACCUGUGGAGGUAGCUGAGGAGAAGCGAGACUGCGACAACCAGAGGCUCCAACAGACCGUGAACGGACACAGCACGGCAAGCCAGCACACACACAGCUCGGACUGUGUGACAUAUCAGAGAGAGAGUCAUACAGCAGCUGGCCUCUCUCGCAUAGAGGAUGGCAGAGACAUGCUUGAUCCGUCUUGUUCUUAUUUGGUGGAAACUGACUCUACUAAGUCACUUGAUGCCCAGCCGCCCUUGACUCAGAGUGGAGUCACAACCUUGUGUGACAGUAUGGCUUCCUCUGCCUCACUGGGCUGGAAGCAGGAGGCCGGAGGAGUUGACACUCUUAAAAUGGAGGGAGGAAUGCCCUCUUGGACCAAAGGGAGGGAUAUUGGAAUGGGCCUGGCUGCUCAGUGUGGAGUUGACAUCCCUGGGAAAAACAGGGAGGGUGUUCAGCUGGGGAACGGCACAAACGUCUGUCCUCAGAGCAACGUUAACUUAAGGGAGAGCGAGUCAUCGGAAGGGCGCAAGUCCAGUGAACCAGAUGUAAAAGGAUUCGAUACCUCCUUAGACUAUUUUUUCUCUCCGUCAGAAAUGGCCGGGAUACAGACUCACCACCAAGGUGACGGCGCUGGAGGCGAGGAGCUGACCUCUUGUCCGUAUCCCGGCGACGAUGGUUUCGUCAGCCCUUCAAACUCGACACAAGGGGGCCUCCUCUUCUCAAACAGACUGGUCAACUGCCAGGAAUGUGGACGGCUGUUCUCCAACUCGCUAGACCUCGCACUGCACCAAAGAAUUCACAUGGGGGAGAAACUCUUCAGCUGCGCCCAGUGUGACAAGCAGUUCCUCCACCUGCACCAGCUCAAGACCCACCAGAGAAUACACACCAGGGAGAAACCAUUUAGCUGCUCCCAAUGCGGGAAGCGCUUCUCCCAGUCCAGCCACAUCAAGAGACACAUGAGUGUUCACACAGGAGAAAAACGGUUUGGCUGCAGCGUAUGCGGCAAGAAGUUUUCACAAUCCUGUAGCCUCAAAGUGCACCAGAGCGUCCACACCGGAGAGAGACCGUUCAGCUGCACUCAGUGCGGGAAGAGUUUCUCUGUGCUCGGGAACCUAAUGAGGCACCAGAGUGUCCACAGUAGAAAGCAGGAUUAAGUCUUGAAUAAUUAAUGGACACUGCAUUCUGUUUAUAUUGUGUUGGUAAAAUAUUAUGGAUAUAAUGAUGAGUUUUGUACAUCGUGCACGGUAAACAUUGUUGUUUUGUGAUAAUAUCCUGACGUAAACUGUCUCUUGGUGUGAUGUGAACAUAUUAAAACAUUACCCUGAAAAUGAA